UCGAGUGUGGCGCGUUUCGGACGUUAAGAGGCUGCGGCGAACCCGACUCCGAAUCUAGACAAGUUGCAACACUGGCCUUGUACUUUAAAAAGUAUAAAUAAAUAUAAAGAAAAUAAGAGCACCAAAGAGUUGCCAUUAAAAAACUGACACCGCCGCUGUCGGGAAAGGGAAAAACGUCGUUGUUGUCGCUGUUGUUGACCUCAAGGAUAACCAGCUGAAAUGCCACAUAAAUUGGAAUACUGAGCAUUCGCGAACGAUAAAUAUCGAACCCGUAUAGUGGUUAUAUACACAGCUACAGCUGCAUUCAUAAGAGAUUGGUAACAAAAGACUGCGCUUAACUGGGCAUUAAAUCGGGCCAACAUGAAACAAUCGACGGCAGCCAAUUCACAUUGGCUGGCCGCUUUGCUGUCGUCGUUGCUGAUUUUCAAUUUGCUACACCAAAUCGGAGCCGACGAGGCAUUUUCGUGCCCAAAUGGCUGGGAACUGCGCGGCUUAAAUUGCUAUAAAUAUUUCAAUAUCAAGCAUUCGUGGGAUAAAAGCGCCGAACUGUGUCGAAGAUAUGGUGCCGAACUGGUGGCCAUCGACAGUUACGCGGAGAACAACGAGACUCUGUCCAUCGCCCGGGCCAGCGAUCCCAACCAGAGGGCCUCUGACAAGUACUGGCUGGGACUGGCCUCCCUGGACGACCUGCGCACCAACACCUUGGAGUCCGCCUCCGGUGCUCUGAUCUCCCAGUACUCCGGCUACUGGUCGCUGCAUCAGCCCAACGCCGAGUCCGGAGAGUGCGUGGCAGCUGCCUUUGCUGGCAAGUCGCAGAGCUGGGAUCUCGGCACCUGUGAGUCCCUGCUCCCGUUCAUGUGCCGGGCCCAGGCGUGUCCACAGGGAGCCCUCCACUGCGCCAACGGCAAGUGCAUCAACCAGGCCUUCAAGUGCGAUGGUAGCGACGAUUGUGGCGAUGGCACAGAUGAGCUGGACUGUCCCGCUCAGUGCCACUACCACAUGCAAUCUGGCGGAGAUGUGAUUGAGACCCCCAACUACCCGCAUAAAUACGGAGCCCUGAGCAAGUGCAAGUGGACGCUGGAGGGACCGCUGGGCAGCAACAUCAUCCUGCAGUUCCAGGACUUUGAGACGGAGAAGACCUUCGAUACCGUGCAGAUCCUGGUGGGCGGUCGCACCGAGGACAAGUCCGUGUCGCUGGCCACGCUGAGCGGAAAACAGGACUUGACCACCCAGCCAUUUGUGUCUGCCUCGAACUUCAUGAUCGUCAAGUUCACCACGGAUGGCAGUGUGGAGCGCAAGGGUUUCCGGGCCACCUGGAAGACGGAGGCCAAGAACUGUGGCGGCGUCUUGAAGGCCACGCUGCAGCGCCAGAUCCUGACCAGCCCCAACUACCCCAAGCAAUACCCUGGUGGCCUGGAGUGCCUCUAUGUGAUCAAGGCCCAGCCGGGACGCAUCAUCUCCAUCGAGGUGGACGAUCUGGAUAUCGCCGAGGGACGCGACUACCUGAUGAUCCGCGAUGGUGAUUCGCCCAUGAGUCGCACCAUUGCCAAGCUGACCGGCAAGACGGCCCAAAACAAUCGCGUGAUCAUCUCGACUGGAAAUGCUCUGUACCUGUACUUCAAGUCCAGUUUGGGAGAGGCCGGCAAGGGCUUCAGUUUGCGCUACAUCCAGGGCUGCAAGGCCACGAUCACCGCCAGAAAUGGCACUGUCACCUCGCCCGCCUUCGGAUUGGCUGACUACCCAAAGAACCAGGAGUGCUACUUCACCAUCCGCAACAAUGCCCGUGCUCCACUCUCCCUGAAGUUCGAUAAAUUCACCGUCCACAAGAGCGACAAUGUCCAGGUCUUCGAUGGAUCCUCCACCUCUGGUCUGCGCCUGCAUUCCGGCAAUGGAUUCACGGGUCCUGCGGCACCCAAACUAACCUUGACUGCCUCAUCCGGCGAGAUGCUCAUCAAGUUCACCUCGGAUGCCCUUCAUAAUGCAGCUGGAUGGUCUGCCACCUUCUCGGCCGAUUGCCCGGAACUGCAGCCCGGAAUUGGAGCCUUGGCCUCCAGUCGCGACACCGCUUUCGGUACGCUGGUCAGCUUUACAUGUCCCAUUGGACAGGAGUUUGCCACCGGCAAGACGCGACUGGUAACUGAAUGUCUGCGCGGUGGCAACUGGAGUGUCUCCUACAUACCCAAGUGUCAGGAGGUCUACUGCGGUCCUGUGCCACAAAUCGAUAACGGUUUCUCCAUCGGCUCCUCGAAUGUGACCUACCGGGGUAUCGCCAUGUACCAGUGCUAUGCCGGCUUCGCCUUUGCCUCGGGGGCUCCGAUCGAGAAGAUCUCUUGUCUGCCGGAUGGUCGCUGGGAAAGACAGCCCCAUUGCCUGGCCUCCCAGUGCGCCGCUCUGCAGGAAGUGGCCCAUGCCAAUGUAACCCUACUGAAUGGAGGUGGCCGCAGCUAUGGCACCAUUGUCCAGUACGAAUGUGAGCCGGGCUACGAAAGGAAUGGUCAUCCCGUGUUGACCUGCAUGUCCAACGGCACCUGGAGCGGAGAUGUGCCCAGGUGUACCCGCAAACGGUGCUUUGAGUUCCCGGAGAUAGCCAACGGCUUUGUGGUGGACUCAUCCCGAGCCUACCUCUUCGGCGACGAGGCCAGGGUGCAGUGCUUCAAGGGAUACAAGCUAAUUGGUAGUAAUAUCAUGCGAUGCAGUGAGGCCCAGAAAUUCGAACAGCCUCCCACCUGCGAGGACAUCAACGAGUGCAGCUCCUCCCAGUGCGAUCUGACCACCACCGAGUGCCAGAACACCAACGGCUCCUUCCACUGCCAGUGCAGAUCGGGAUUCACGGCCACCACGGAGUGCAGACCAGUGGCGGAUUUGGGAUUGGGCAAUGGAGGCAUUCCCGAUGACAGCAUCACCACUUCGAUCAGUGAGCCGGGAUACAGCAAGACGCAGCUGCGAUUGAACACCAAUGGUUGGUGUGGUGGCUCCUCGGAGCCAGGAGCCAACUGGAUCCUGAUUGACCUCAAGGCACCCACUAUUCUCCGUGGCUUCCGCACCAUGUCCGUGCAACGCCCCGAUGGCAACGUGGCCUUCAGUUCGGCAGUGCGUCUGCAGUACACCAACGAUUUGACGGAUGUGUUCAAGGACUACGCUAAUCCCGAUGGCACCGCCGUGGAGUUCCGCAUCCUGGAGCCUACGCUGUCCAUCCUGAAUCUCCCCCUGCCCAUCGAGGCUCGUUACAUCCGCUUCCGCAUACAGGACUACGUUGGUGCCCCUUGUCUGCGUAUGGAACUGAUGGGCUGCACGCGCCUGGACUGCGUGGACAUCAACGAGUGCAGCAAGAACAACGGCGGCUGUGAACAGAAGUGCAUCAACUCCCCGGGAGGAUUCGCCUGUGGCUGCAACACUGGCUACCAGCUCUACACCUCCAACGGAACGGCUGGCUAUCAUAUCGAGCGCUCGGAGUCGGGAGAACGUGAUGGAGACACCUACCAGCGCAACAAGACCUGCGUUCCUCUGAUGUGUCCCGAGCUUGAGGCUCCGGAGAAUGGACAACUGCUGAGCGAUAAGAACGAUUACCACUUCGGUGAUGUGGUGCGCUUCCAGUGCCACUUUGGCUACAUCAUGAGCGGCAGCGCCGCGGCCCUGUGUCUCUCCAGCGGUCAGUGGAACGCCAGCGUACCAGAGUGCAAUUAUGCCAAGUGCGUUUCUUUGCCCGAUGAUAAGCUGGAGGGUCUGACUGUGGCCCGUCCGGAUCCCGAGUCCGUGCUAGUGCCCUUCCGCGACAAUGUGACCAUUACGUGCGGAUCGGCUGGACGUCAACUGAGGGCCACCGCCUCCUCCGGCUUCCGGCAGUGCGUGUACGACCCAAAGCCGGGUCUGCCCGACUACUGGCUAUCGGGAGUUCAGCCCUCCUGUCCCCGCGUAGACUGCUACGCGCCCAUGCCCACGCCAGGAGCGGAGUACGGACAGUUUGUGGACACGCGCUACCAGAGCAGCUUCUUCUUCGGCUGCCAGAACACCUUUAAGCUAGCUGGACAGACUGGUCGUCAUGACAACGUGGUUCGUUGUGGAGCCGAUGGCAUCUGGGAUUUCGGAGAUCUUCGCUGUGAGGGACCGGUGUGCGAAGAUCCUGGAAGACCCGCGGAUGGGCGCCAGAUCGCCCGCAGCUAUGAGCAGAGUUCGGAAGUGUACUUCGGCUGCAAUCGACCUGGCUACAUCCUAAUCAACCCCAGACCGAUCACCUGCAUCCGCGAACCGGAAUGCAAGGUCAUCAAGCCUCUGGGCUUGGGAUCCGGAAGGAUUCCGGACUCGGCCAUUAAUGCCACCUCGGAGCGGCCCAACUAUGAGGCCAAGAACAUCCGUCUGAACUCCGCCACCGGAUGGUGUGGAAAGCAGGAAGCAUUCACCUAUGUGAGCGUGGAUCUGGGACAGAUCUAUAGGGUGAAGGCCAUCCUGGUCAAGGGAGUGGUGACCAACGACAUUGUGGGCAGGCCCACGGAGAUUCGGUUCUUCUACAAGCAGGCCGAGAGCGAGAACUAUGUGGUGUACUUCCCCAACUUCAACCUGACCAUGCGGGAUCCGGGCAACUACGGCGAGCUGGCCAUGAUCACCCUGCCUAAGUUCGUACAGGCGCGCUUUGUGAUCUUGGGAAUAGUAAGCUACAUGGACAACGCCUGCCUGAAGUUCGAGCUGAUGGGUUGUGAGGAGCCGAAGCAGGAACCCUUGUUGGGCUACGACUACGGAUACUCCCCUUGUGUGGAUAAUGAGCCACCGAUCUUCCAGAACUGCCCCCAGCAACCCAUUGUGGUUCGUCGCGAUGAGAAUGGUGGGGUACUUCCUGUAAACUUCACCGAACCCACUGCGGUGGAUAACUCCGGAUCAAUAGCACGUCUGGAGAUCAAGCCCCAGAACUUCCGUACUCCCAGCUAUAUUUUCAAGGAUACCGUUGUGAAGUAUGUGGCCUUCGACUACGAUGGCAAUGUGGCCAUCUGCGAGAUCAACAUCACGGUUCCGGAUGUCACUCCACCACUGCUCCAGUGUCCACAGAGUUAUGUGAUUGAGUUGGUGGAUCGCCAGGAAAGCUAUACGGUGAACUUCAAUGACACCCGCAAGAGGAUCAAGACCUCCGAUGACACGGGAGAGGUUAAACUGCAGUUUAGCCCUGAGAGUGCCACCAUUAAGAUUGGAAACUUUGAGAACGUGACGGUUACGGCCACGGAUAAGUACAACAACCGUGCGUCCUGUCACUUCCAGGUCUCCGUGAAGGCCUCACCCUGUGUGGACUGGGAGCUCCAGCCGCCGGCCAAUGGAGCGAUUAACUGUCUGCCUGGAGAUGGAGGAAUCGAGUGCAUUGCCACCUGCAAGCCAGGAUUCCGCUUUACGGAUGGAGAACCCUUGAAGUCGUUCUCCUGCGAGACAUCCCGUCUGUGGCGUCCCACCUCGGUGGUGCCCGACUGUGUGUCCGAGAACACGGAGCAGGCAGCCUACCAUGUUACCGCCUCCAUCACCUACCGUGCCAACGGAGCAGUUGCCCAAUCCUGCCUGAGUCAAUACCAGGAGGUUCUAUCCCAGCACUAUGGUGGACUAAACCAAUUGCUCUCGCAACGCUGUUCGGCGGUGAAUGUGAACAUGAACGUGACCUUUGUGAAGUCGGUGCCCUCGCUGCUGGAGGAGAAUGUGGUGAAGAUGGACUUCAUACUCUCCAUCCUGCCAGCGGUGCGUCAACCGCAACUGUACGACCUUUGCGGCUCUACCUUGAACCUGAUCUUCGACUUGAGUGUUCCGUAUGCCAGUGCCGUGAUUGAUGAUCUUCUUAACAUCGCCAACAUUGGAAAUCAGUGUCCGCCACUUAGAGCUCUUAAAUCGAAUAUCUCGAGGGGCUUCAGUUGCAAUGUGGGUGAGGUGCUGAACAUGGACACCAGCGAUGUGCCGCGCUGUCUGCACUGUCCCGCUGGAACCUAUGUGUCCGAGGGUCAGAACAGCUGCACCUACUGUCCGAGGGGCUACUACCAGAACCGCGAUCGACAGGGAACCUGUCUUCGCUGUCCCGCGGGAACUUACACCAAGGAGGAGGGCACCAAGUCAGCUGCGGACUGCAUACCCGUUUGUGGUUUUGGUACUUACUCACCCACUGGACUGGUUCCUUGCCUGGAGUGUCCGCGUAACUCUUUCACCGCCGAACCGCCAACGGGUGGAUUCAAGGAUUGCCAGGCGUGUCCGGCCCAGAGCUUCACCUACCAGCCAGCUGCCUCCAACAAGGAUCUGUGUCGCGCCAAGUGCGCUCCGGGAACCUAUUCCGCCACGGGAUUGGCCCCUUGCUCGCCGUGCCCACUGCACCACUACCAGGGAGCCGCCGGAGCACAAAGCUGCAAUGAGUGUCCAAGUAACAUGAGAACCGAUGCCGCUGCCUCCAAGGGAAGGGAACAAUGCAAGCCGGUGGUUUGUGGAGAGGGUGCCUGCCAGCAUGGAGGACUCUGUGUGCCCAUGGGUCACGACAUUCAGUGCUUCUGUCCCGCCGGAUUCUCCGGACGUCGUUGCGAACAGGACAUCGACGAGUGCGCCUCGCAACCCUGCUACAAUGGUGGUCAGUGCAAGGAUCUUCCUCAAGGCUACCGCUGCGAGUGUCCAGCUGGGUACUCCGGCAUCAAUUGCCAGGAGGAGACCAGUGACUGUGGCAACGAUACCUGCCCCGCCAGAGCCAUGUGCAAGAACGAGCCAGGCUUCAAGAAUGUGACCUGCCUGUGCCGCAGUGGCUACACCGGAGAUCAGUGCGAUGUGACCAUUGAUCCCUGCACGGCGAAUGGUAAUCCCUGUGGUAAUGGAGCUAGUUGCCAGGCCUUGGAACAGGGUCGCUACAAGUGCGAGUGUGUCCCAGGAUGGGAGGGCAUCCACUGCGAGCAAAACAUCAACGACUGUUCGGAGAAUCCCUGUCUGUUGGGCGCUAAUUGCACUGAUCUGGUAAAUGACUUCCAGUGCGCCUGUCCACCUGGAUUCACUGGCAAGCGUUGCGAACAGAAGAUCGACCUCUGCCUCUCGGAGCCCUGCAAGCACGGCACCUGUGUCGACCGACUGUUCGACCACGAGUGCGUCUGCCAUCCGGGCUGGACGGGAUCGGCCUGUGACCAGAACAUAGACGACUGCGAAAACCGACCCUGCGCCAACGACGGAACCUGCGUGGAUCUGGUCGAUGGAUAUAGCUGUAAUUGUGAACCUGGCUACACUGGCAAGAACUGUCAGCACACCAUCGAUGACUGUGCCUCCAAUCCCUGCCAGCAUGGAGCCACCUGUGUGGACCAGCUGGAUGGAUUCAGCUGCAAGUGCCGUCCUGGUUAUGUGGGUCUCUCCUGCGAGGCUGAGAUCGACGAGUGCCUGAGUGAUCCCUGCAACCCUGUGGGUACGGAACGCUGCCUCGACCUGGACAACAAGUUUGAGUGCGUGUGCCGCGAUGGAUUCAAGGGACCACUGUGCGCGACCGACAUCGAUGACUGCGAGGCACAGCCCUGCCUGAACAAUGGUCUCUGUCGGGAUCGCGUUGGUGGCUUCGAAUGUGGCUGUGAACCGGGUUGGAGUGGAAUGCGCUGCGAGCAGCAGGUGACCACUUGUGGAGCUCAAGCUCCUUGCCAGAACGAUGCCAGCUGCAUUGAUUUGUUCCAAGACUACUUCUGCGUGUGUCCCAGUGGCACGGAUGGCAAGAAUUGUGAGACCGCUCCAGAACGCUGCAUUGGAGAUCCUUGUAUGCACGGUGGCAAGUGCCAGGACUUUGGUUCCGGCCUGAACUGCAGUUGCCCUGCGGAUUACUCUGGUAUCGGUUGUCAGUACGAGUACGAUGCUUGCGAGGAACAUGUAUGCCAGAAUGGAGCUACCUGCGUGGACAACGGAGCUGGCUACAAAUGCCAGUGCCCUCCUGGAUUCACUGGACACAAUUGCGAACAGGACAUCGUGGAUUGCAAGGACAACUCCUGCCCUCCAGGCGCCACAUGCGUGGAUCUAACCAACGGUUUCUAUUGCCAGUGUCCAUUUAAUAUGACCGGCGAUGAUUGUCGAAAGGCCAUCCAGGUAGACUACGAUCUGUACUUCAGCGAUCCAUCGCGUUCCACGGCUGCCCAGGUUGUGCCCUUCCCCACGGGAGAGGCCAACAGCCUGACAGUCGCCAUGUGGGUGCAGUUCGCCCAGAAGGAUGACCCUGGUAUCUUCUUCACCCUGUACGGCGUGGAAUCCGCUCGCAUGACACAACGCCGACGAAUGCUCCUCCAGGCUCACUCCAGUGGAGUUCAGGUUUCCCUGUUCGAGGACCAAUCUGAUGCCUUCCUGAGCUUCGGAGAGUACACCUCCGUUAACGACGGACAGUGGCAUCACGUGGCCGUGGUCUGGGAUGGAAUCUCGGGUCAACUUCAACUGAUUACAGAAGGUCUGAUUGCCAGCAAGAUGGAGUACGGAGCAGGUGGCUCUCUGCCUGGGUAUCUCUGGGCAGUGCUAGGACGUCCUCAGCCGUAUGGUCUAACAAACGAGCUGGCCUACUCAGAUUCCGGCUUCCAGGGCACCGUAACCAAGGCUCAGGUUUGGGCUCGAGCGCUCGACAUCACCUCGGAGAUCCAGAAGCAAGUGCGCGACUGCCGAUCUGAACCGGUUCUCUAUCCUGGCCUCAUCCUCAACUGGGCGGGAUAUGAAGUCACAUCCGGCGGAGUGGAGCGCAAUGUGCCCUCCCUCUGUGGACAACGCAAGUGUCCUGUAGGCUACACAGGAGCCAAUUGCCAGCAGUUGGUGGUUGACAAAGAUCCACCAGUCGUGGAGCACUGCCCCGGAGAUCUGUGGGUAAUCGCCAAGAACGGAUCUGCGGUGGUCACCUGGGAUGAGCCUCACUUUAGCGAUAACAUUGGCGUGACCAAGAUCUAUGAGCGUAAUGGACACCGAUCUGGAACCACCUUAUUGUGGGGUACCUAUGACAUCACCUAUAUUGCAUCCGAUGCAGCUGGAAAUACAGCCUCCUGCAGCUUCAAGGUUUCCCUGCUGACCGACUUCUGCCCAGCUUUGGCUGAUCCUGUGGGAGGUUCGCAGGUGUGCAAGGAUUGGGGCGCCGGUGGUCAGUUCAAGGUCUGUGAGAUCGCCUGUAAUGCCGGUCUGCGAUUCUCGGAGCAGGUGCCCGAGUUCUACACUUGCGGAGCCGAGGGCUUCUGGAGACCCACGCGGGAACCUUCCAUGCCACUGGUCUACCCAUCUUGCUCCCCAUCAAAGCCCGCCCAGCGCGUGUUCCGCAUCAAGAUGCUCUUCCCCUCAGAUGUGCUGUGCAACAAGGCUGGUCAGGCGGUGCUCCGUCAGAAGGUGACCAAUUCGGUUAAUGGUCUCAACAGAGACUGGAACUUCUGCUCGUAUGCCAUCGAAGGAACCAGGGAAUGCAAGGACAUCCAGAUCGAUGUUAAAUGCGAUCAUUACCGAGCUGCCCAGAAUAACCGUGUGCGCCGCCAGUCCAAGGAUGGUGGAGUCUAUGUAAUGGAGGCCGAACUUCCAGUGGUCAACGAGGAGGAUGACGAUCUGACUUUGACGGGUCGCCAGGGACGCCAACAAACUGGCGGCGAUACAUACACCCUGGAGAUAGCCUUCCCGGCUGUAAAUGAUCCUGUGGUGCACACGUCGACCGGUGAGCGAUCCAGUGUCAAGCAGUUGCUGGAGAAGCUUAUCCUCGAGGACGACCAGUUUGCAGUGCAAGAGAUUCUACCCAACACUGUCCCAGAUCCAGCUUCCUUAGAACUGGGUUCGGAGUACGCCUGUCCCGUGGGUCAGGUGGUGAUGAUUCCCGACUGUGUGCCCUGUGCCAUCGGAACCUUCUACGACAGUGCGAACAAGAUGUGCAUAGCCUGCUCCCGAGGAACCUACCAAUCUGAGGCCGGUCAGCUGCAGUGCAGCAAGUGUCCGGUGAUUGCCGGAAGACCAGGAGUGACCGCAGGACCAGGUGCCCGCUCGGCGGCUGACUGCAAAGAGCGCUGCCCAGCUGGCAAGUACUUCGAUGCAGAGACAGGUCUGUGCCGCUCCUGCGGACAUGGAUUCUAUCAGCCCAACGAAGGAUCCUUCGGCUGUGAGCUGUGUGGUCUGGGUCAGACGACUCGCUCCACGGAGGCCACGUCGCGCAAGGAGUGUCGCGACGAGUGCAGUUCCGGCCAGCAAUUGGGAGCCGAUGGACGCUGUGAGCCCUGCCCACGUGGCACCUACCGCCUGCAGGGCGUCCAGCCAUCCUGUGCCGCCUGUCCGCUAGGCAGGACCACCCCGAAGGUGGGCGCCAGUUCGGUGGAGGAGUGCACCCUACCCGUCUGCUCCCCGGGAACGUACCUGAACGCCACCCAGAACAUGUGCAUCGAGUGCCGCAAGGGCUUCUACCAGUCGGAGUCACAGCAGACCUCCUGUCUGCAGUGUCCACCCAAUCACAGCACCAAGAUCACCGGAGCCACCUCGAAGAGCGAGUGUACCAAUCCGUGCGAGCACAUUGCCGAGGGCAAGCCGCACUGCGAUGUGAAUGCCUAUUGCAUCAUGGUGCCGGAGACUUCGGACUUCAAGUGCGAGUGCAAGCCGGGCUUCAAUGGAACGGGAAUGGCCUGCACAGAUGUCUGCGAUGGCUAUUGCGAGAACUCAGGUGCCUGUGUCAAGGAUCUGAAGGGUACUCCCUCUUGCCGCUGUGUUGGCUCCUUCACAGGACCCCACUGCGCCGAACGAUCCGAGUUCGCCUACAUUGCCGGCGGCAUUGCCGGAGCAGUGAUCUUCAUCAUUAUCAUCGUACUGCUCAUCUGGAUGAUCUGCGUGCGCUCCACGAAGCGCAGGGAUCCCAAGAAGAUGCUGACGCCAGCGAUCGACCAAACCGGAUCGCAGGUGAACUUCUACUACGGCGCCCACACGCCCUACGCGGAGUCCAUCGCGCCCUCGCACCACAGCACCUACGCGCACUACUACGACGACGAGGAGGAUGGCUGGGAGAUGCCCAACUUCUACAACGAAACGUACAUGAAGGAUGGUCUGCAUGGCGGCAAGAUGAGUACAUUGGCCAGGUCCAAUGCCUCGCUUUAUGGAACUAAAGAAGACUUAUACGACCGACUGAAACGUCACGCCUACACGGGCAAGAAGGAAAAGAGUGAUAGUGAUAGCGAAGUGCAGUAAAACAACGAGUCGCGACUUAGAAGAGUUAAAUUACGGAUAACAAAGCUGCUUUAAUGUAAAAUGUGGUCAUAAAUAGAGAACGGGACGCAGCGGCAAACUCACUGUCAGAACAGUGAUCCAACACUGCCCCAAAAAUACUCACUGGAGAGCCUUGCAUUGAAUCAACGUAAUAACUGCUACACCGCUUUCGAUCCAACUUCAGUCCCAACCUCCAUUUCGGAUAUUACGUGGCUUAAUGCAAGGCUUCGAGAGCUGCUUGAAAACGCGAGGCAAGACGAUAAAUCUUAAAUUAGUAAUUCCCAUAUGUGCUCUUUAGGUAUGCAAACUACAUGAAAUUAAGUCGAACUUAUGCCUAAUUUAAUGAAUGAAAUAUUGUUUUAAUCUUAAGUAUUAUUUACCUAUACAAGAAACUCGAAAAUACCAUGCUCGACGCGGUACCAAAUUGCAAUACAUAUAUACUAAUAUAUAUAGAAACAUAGAUUUUUCCAACCAUAUAGAUUGUCCAAGCUUGUUGAACAAAUUCGCGAGUGCUGUAAAAGCAAAUCAAAUAUAGUCGUUAUUUUGUAAUUUAAUAAAAGCAAUUUAAUUAUUAUGUAUGACAAUUAAUUUUAUAAAUUUUCUUGUAUAAAAUAAAAGAAACAAACGAAUCUAAUUGAA